GAACAAGAAACUACAACCAUACCAUACCAUACGAAUUGGACUUUUGGAAGGGGAUAUUUUUGUUAUAAACCCCUUUCUCAUAUAUCUUUCCUUUAAAAGACGAACUCCCGCAAAAACAAACAGAGGCAGAACCCUACCGUCAUACGGAAAAUACACACGGCGAACGAAACGCAACGAAAAUGGCCGGUUCGAAAAAGCGGAGUGCCGCGGACGACGAUUUCGUGCUCACAUUGUCGGAUGAUGAGAAUGAUACGUUAGCGAGAUUUGAGGAGGAAGAAGGGGGGGAUGAGUUGAAGGGAACGAAAAAGCGCAAGAGAGAUGAGCAACAGCAGGCCGAGACGAAGAAUAAGAAAUUGAAGAAGCAGCAGCAACAGCAGGCGAUUCAGAAUAAGAAGAAGGGGAAGAAGGGGAAGGCUGUUCCUGUUGUGGAGGAGGUGGAUGAGGAUGAGGAGGCGGAGGAUGAAGAGGAGGAGGAUCAGGCUGAGGAUGAUGGGGCGCUGAAUUCGGACUUCGAGUUCGAUGUUGGCGGUGCGGCGAAUGAGGUUACGGAUUUUGAUGGUUGGGGUAUUGGUGGUGCGCAGGAGGAGGAGAGUAAGGGGGGUGAUAAGAAGGCCGUGGAUAUUGAUGAUAUUAUUGAGAGGAGGCAGGCGAAGAAGGAAGCUGAGUUGGCGCGGAAGGAGAAGAAGAAGCAGAAGAAGCAGGAGGAGGAGUUUAGUGGGUUUGAUGAGGAUGAGGAGGAUGAGGAGGAUGAGGAGGAUGGCGGUAUGGAGGUCGACUUUGAGGAUGAUGAGCUGCUGGCUGAGGAUGGGUUCGGUAUGGGCGUUGAUGGCGAGCAGGAGGAGAGCGAAAAGUCCGAUGCCGAGGAGGGUGAUGAGGAAGAAGCUGAGGGCAGUGAUGAGGAAGAGGAUGAGGAUGAGGAGGACGACGAUGCUGCUUCCGAUAACGACUCAGUUGCGACCCCCGUCGGCCACCCCGAUGAUGUUGCCUCGGACGCCGAGUCGGACGUGGAGAGUGAGGUCGAUGAGGAGGAGGCUGAGAAGCGCAAGGCUUUCUUUGCACCGGAGGAAGAGAAGACGUCCGAGACUGCUGCCGCCGAUGCGAAGCGGUCGUUCCAGGAAUUCAACCUCUCUCGUCCCAUCCUUCGUGGUCUCGCCGGCGUCAACUUCUCGAACCCGACUCCCAUUCAGCGGAAGACGAUCCCUGUGGCGCUUCUGGGCAAGGAUAUCGUUGGUAGUGCCGUCACCGGUUCCGGAAAGACGGCGGCCUUUGUUGUCCCCAUCCUCGAACGUCUCCUGUUCCGGCCGCGCAAGGUCCCGACGAGUCGUGUUGCCAUCCUUAUGCCCACUCGUGAAUUGGCGGUCCAGUGUUACAAUGUCGCUACGAAGCUGGCGACCUACACGGAUAUCACCUUCUGUCAGCUGGUCGGUGGUUUCAGUCUGCGUGAGCAGGAGAACAUCUUGAAGAAGCGCCCUGAUGUGAUCAUCGCCACUCCCGGUCGUUUCAUCGAUCACAUGCGCAACUCGGCCAGCUUUACCGUUGAUACCCUGGAGAUUUUGGUUCUGGAUGAGGCCGAUCGCAUGCUCGAGGACGGUUUCGCGGACGAGUUGAACGAGAUUCUCACCACCAUCCCCAAGUCGCGCCAGACGAUGCUUUUCUCCGCCACGAUGACCGACACCGUCGACAAGCUCAUCCGCGUCGGUCUCAACCGUCCCGUGCGGUUGCAAGUGGACUCCAAGAAGAACACCGCCUUGAACCUCGUCCAGGAGUUCGUGCGUCUCCGCCCUGGCCGUGAGGAUAAACGACUGGGCUACCUUCUCUACCUCUGCAAGGAGAUCUACACUGGUCGGGUGAUUGUCUUCUUCCGUCAGAAGCGUGAGGCCCAUCGGGUGCGCAUCAUUUUCGGACUGAUGGGGUUGAAGGCUGCCGAGCUCCACGGUAGCAUGAGCCAAGAACAGCGUAUUAAAAGUGUCGAGAACUUCCGUGACGGCAAGGCCGCCUUCCUACUGGCGACCGAUCUGGCGUCCCGUGGUCUGGAUAUCAAGGGAGUCGAGACGGUCAUCAACUACGAGGCGCCGCAAAGCCACGAGAUCUACCUGCAUCGUGUCGGUCGUACUGCGCGUGCGGGCCGGUCCGGUCGGGCUUGCACCAUCGCUGCCGAGCCCGACCGUAAGGUGGUUAAGGCGGCCGUCAAGGCCGGCAAAGCGCAAGGAGCCAAGAUUGCCAGCCGCGUGGUCGACCCGGCGGUUGCGGACUCCUGGGCCGCGAAGGCGGAGGAGUUGGCGGACGAGAUCGAGGAGGUGCUGUCGGAGGAGAAGAUGGAGAAGCAGCUGGCCCAGGUGGAAAUGCAAGUGACCAAGGGCGAGAACCUGCUCAAGCACGAGGCGGAGAUCAAGUCGCGGCCGAAGCGCACCUGGUUCGAGACGGAACGGGACAAGCGGGCGGCGCGGAAGCUGGGCGCCACGGAGCUCAACGGCCCCGACGCGGUCAAGUCCAAGAAGGACAAGCAGAAGCUGAGCAACAAGGAUAAGAAGCGUCUGGACGACUCGCGCCAGCGACAGGAGGCCGGCGCGGGAUGGAAGAAGGGCAAGGUGGCGCGCGAAAGCCAGGUGAAUGGGCAGAUGCCCAAAGCCAAGGGCAACAAGGGCAACAAGAAGGGCCGGAAAUGAGGGAUUUCUGUGAAUAGAUUUUGAUUGUAUUUUUUUUUCCCCUUCUGCAUUAGCAUCUGGAUUGAUCGGUGAGGUACGUACUCACU